AUGUCCCACCAACCAGUACGUACUCAUCCUGCCUUUGCCCUGGGGACCAUCAACACAGGGACCAUCAAGACAGGGACCAUCAAGACAGGGAUCAUCAAGACAGGGACCACCGAGACAGGGACCAUCAACACAGGGACCAUCAAGACAGGGACCAUCAAGACAGGGAUCAUCAAGACAGGGAUCAUCAAGACAGGGACCCUCAAGACAGGGAUCAUCAAGACAGGGACCAUCAAGACAGGGACCAUCAAGACAGGGAUCAUCAAGACAGGGACCAUCAAGACAGGGACCAUCAAGACAGGGAUCAUCAAGACAGGGACCAUCAAGACAGGGACCACAGAGACAGGGACCACCGAGACAGGGACCAUCAACACAGGGACCAUCAAGACAGGGACCCUCAAGACAGACACCAUCAAGACAGGGACCAUCAAGACAGACACCAUCAAGACAGGAACCAUCAAGACAGACACCAUCAAGACAGGGACCAUCAACACAGGGACCAUCAAGACAGGGACCACCGAGACAGGGACCAUCAACACAGGGACCAUCAAGACAGGGACCAUCAAGACAAGAACCGUCAAGACAGGAACCAUCAAGACAAGGACCAUCAAGACAGGUACCAUCAAGAAAGAGCCCAUCAAGACAGACACCAUCAAGACAGGAACCAUCAAGACAGGGACCAGGAGACACAAGACCAUGAAGAGAGGGACUAGGAGAGACACCAUGAAGGAGAGAGACCAUCAACAAAGGGACCAGGAGAGUCACCAUGAAGAGACGGACCAUGAAGAGGGACCAGGAGAGAGAUCAGUAGAGGAGAGGGACCAAGAGAGGACACCACGAGACACAAGACCAUGA